AUGUACAAAGUCAUGGAAACUGACCCAUCUCCUCAGCGGCGAUCUGUCCUGCAGCUCGUGAAGGACCUGCUUAUCCUAUCCAGAUUUCACAAGUACAACCCAUGGCUUGCUGUAUUUUCAGGAGUUUGGGCAACGUUACUUGCUGGUGCUAAUGAAAUAACCGCUAAUCCGACCUCGAUCUCGACCAACCACAUCCUACGGCAGGCUCUUCUAUGCUUCCUCUGCGGCUACAUCUACUGCGGUGCUGGCAUGGUCUGGAAUGACUGGGUCGACCGCAGCAUCGACAAAAAUGUAGCGCGCACCAAGAAUCGGCCCUUGGCAGCGGGGAGAGUGACUGCAACCGAGGGCUUCAUCUGGAUGUUGGUCCAAUUUUCUGUCUCCUGGUGGCUGAUGGAUAUUAUGCUGGAGGGUCACGACGUCGCGGCUGCUAUGAUCCCAGUCACCGUCGCCACAAUCCUCUAUCCCUACGGAAAGCGUCAAUUCUUCCGUCGACUAUGCAUCUAUCCCCAGUACUUCCUCGGCUUUACACUAGCCUGGCCCAGCGCAAUCGGUUGGAUGGCAAUCAAAGGCCGCGAGAUCCCAGUCACGCAAAGCAUCACUGAGUCCCUCCCGCUGGCAAUCACCGUCUUCGUGUGGACCCUGUACCUCAACACAGCAUACAGCUACCAAGAUGUCGUCGACGACUCAAAGAUGAAUGUGAACUCGGUGUACGUCGCCGUGGGGUCCCGCAUCCACUUGUUCCUGGCCGUCCUGGCGGGUCUAGUGCUCGGCUCUGUCUACCUGCAGCUGCGGGCCCAGAAUUCCAGCUGGCUGUGGGCCUCGUGGAUGUUUGUCUGGGCUUUGUCGUUUUUGCAUCAGCUGCUGAGGUUCGAUGCGAAGAAGCCGGAGAGUGGAGGCCCGCUUCACAAGGAGAACUUUGCGCUUGGGCUGUGGACUAUCGUUGCCUGUGUUGUUGAAUUGGGACUAAGAUCGGGAAAGAUCGAUCAGUUCUUGUCUAGCCGGGCCUUCCGUCUCCAGUGA